AUCUUUCUUUCCAAUCCCCAAAAUUCAAUUCCCACUUCCAAUCCCACCCUUUUUCGAUCAGUCACUUCCAAAUUCUGAAUUAUUAAAUUCCUCUCUCACUCUCUCUCUGCUCUCUCUCUACUCUCUCUCCUACCCCAGUAAGGUAAAACGUCUCUUUAUAUAUAGAGUGAAGAACCAAAGUUCCUUUUCCAUGAACAGCUCGGAAAUCAGCAUAAUUUUGCUUGCAUUUUGAUGCUCACUAGCACGCUCAAACGGCUGUAAUCACUCGUCCUCAGCCGUCGCUUUCCGAAUAAAAUUCUGUUCGUUCUAUCCGAAUUCUUCAAAUUAUUGGAUUCCGAAUAGGAACUCUAUUUGGGUCUGUUUCAGAUUGUCGUCUUAUACACUCUGGCAUCUGGGUUCUGUAAUUGGUACCCAAAUUUUAGGUUACUUUUUUCUUUCUCUCUGGGCUGUGAGAUUUGUCUGUUCUAAUUGUCUUUGAGCGUCGGAAACGAGAAGAUAAUGAGGAGUUUCAAGGAUUUUUGCACAAAAAAGACCCUAAUAGCUCUUGGGUUGGGGCAAUUUCUGUCUCUUCUUAUCACUUCCACAGGCUUUUCGUCCUCUGAACUCGCCAAAAGAGGAAUUAAUGCUCCAACUUCACAGUCCUUUAUAAACUAUGUCCUCUUAGCAAUUGUUUAUGGAAGUGUAGUGCUAUACCGUAAGAAAGCACUCAAGGCAAAAUGGUACUUCUACAUUCCACUAGGCUUGAUAGAUGUAGAAGCCAACUACCUUGUUGUGAAGGCCUAUCAGUACACAUCUCUAACAAGUGUCAUGCUGUUGGAUUGUUGGACAAUCCCUUGUGUCAUGCUGCUAACCUGGCUUUUCCUGAAAACAAAAUAUAGAUUCAGGAAGAUAGCGGGUGUUAUUGUUUGUGUCGCGGGCCUUGUCACGGUCAUUUUUUCCGACGUUCAUGCUGGUGACCGAGCUGGAGGAAGCAGCCCGCUUAAAGGGGAUGCUCUUGUUAUAGCUGGUGCUACCCUUUAUGCUGUUACUAAUGUCAGCGAGGAAUUUCUGGUGAAGAAUGCUGAUAGAGUCGAGCUAAUGGCGAUGUUGGGCAUCUUUGGUGGCAUCAUCAGUGCCAUCCAAAUAAGCAUAAUUGAGCGGAAGGAGUUAAAAUCCAUUCGAUGGACAGCCGGAGCAGCUCUUCCUUUUGCUGGAUUUUCUGUGGCUAUGUUUCUGUUCUACUCAUUCGUCCCGGUAUUGCUUCAGAUUAGCGGAUCCACAAUGUUGAACCUGUCUUUACUGACCUCGGACAUGUGGUCGGUUGUGAUCCGUAUUGUCGCUUAUAAUGAGAAGGUUGAUUGGCUUUACUACUUGGCCUUUGCUGCUGUUAUCAUUGGACUCAUCAUUUAUUCAGUGGGCGAGAAAGAAGAAGCUCAAAGUCGAGCUGACGUUGCCGAUGAAGAAGCCGAGCAUGGCAAACAAGUUCCAUCGAGAAACCGGGAUGAAGGAACUUCGUCGGCCAGCAGUUCGAAGAUCUGAGAAGGAUAGGAAGAAUGAAAAGUUUAGGAAGAAAUAAGAUGAAUUAGAAAGAGGUAUCUAUUAGAGUUCACUUAUUUUUUGCUUAGCCUUUUGAUGGGCUCUCAUUGUUCAACUUCUUACUGCCAAUAAAGUAAUUAGUAAUGGAAAUUUUUGGUUUUCUUUGUGCUCUUCA